AUGGGUGAAGUUAACACUCUGGAAAAGGGAACAGGGGAGUUUAUACCGCUAGCAGGUGAACGGAGAACGAUGCUACCCAGAAUGCCCAGUUUGAGGGAAGUGAAUACACUGGCGCUGAUACUACUACUAAUGGUGCUAGUAAUACAGGCAGAAGAUGGUAAGAAGGACAGACCAUACUUCAAACACGCUGUGGACAAGCGACCAUUCGGGCAAAUCCUCAGUGUUCCUGGAUUCACCCAAAAUACUAAACCAAAACGUGCAUUUGGACAUAGCAUUAUCAGCGGUAAACGUGCAUUUGGAUCUCGGAUACUUGGAGGAAAGCGUGCAUUUGGAUUUGGCAGUUUUAGAGGGAAGCGUGUAUUUGGACCGGGGAGUUAUCUAGGAAAACGCUCUUUUGAAUCUGAUGACAUUUUUGGGAAGCGCUUUUCUGACGAAGAUUACGUGAAUCCAGAUAUCUAUGAUACAUUGUACAGUGACAGUGAUAGUAACGGUGAAAUCAAACGAGCAUUUGGAUCACGUGUAUUUGGCAAACGUGCAUUUGGAUCACGUGUAUUUGGAAAGCGUGCAUUUGGAUCACGUGUAUUUGGAAAGCGUACAUUUGAACCGGAAGUUAUCAAUGGAAAAUAUUCUCUGGGCCCUAAUCUCUCGAUGGAUGAAAAAUCGGACGAUGACGAUGAUAGCGUUGAAACUCCAGAACAUUUUGAAUAUUUUCUCCGGUAAUCAAUAUUUAGUGUCCCACGUCAUAUUGAGACAGUUGUUACUGAAUGCCUUUAUAAUGUUAAAUCGCCAUGUCCAGAUCAUUUUAGUAGACAACUAUGAAAACUAUCAUAAUAUAUACUGAUCAGAAAUUAUACCU